CAAAGAGAGACUAAUCAAACAAACACAUUCACAUUCCUCUUCUUCUCAAAAAAAACAAAUACAUCAAAAUGAUAACUGCAGCUCUACACGAACCUCAGAUUCACAAACCAACCGAUACAUCCGUCGUCUCCGGCGAUGUACUUCCUCCUCCUCCUCCUCCAGCUCCUAUGCCUCGCAUUUUCCGGUCAAAGCUUCCGGACAUUGACAUCCCUAACCACCUACCUCUCCACACUUACUGCUUCGAAAAACUCUCAUCUGUUUCCGACAAGCCUUGUCUCAUUGUUGGCUCCACCGGAAAAAGCUACACCUACGGCGAAACACACCUAAUCUGCCGGAGAGUCGCUUCCGGAUUAUACAAGUUAGGUAUCAGAAAAGGUGACGUCAUCAUGAUCCUUCUCCAAAACUCAGCCGAGUUCGUCUUCUCCUUCAUGGGUGCUUCCAUGAUCGGAGCCGUCUCAACCACCGCAAACCCUUUCUACACUUGUCAAGAGAUUUAUAAACAACUUCAAUCUUCCGGAGCCAAACUCAUAAUCACUCACUCUCAAUACGUCGAUAAACUAAAAACCCUCGGAGAAAACCUAACGGUGAUCACCACCGAUGAACCAACACCGGAGAAUUGUCUACCAUUCUCUACACUCAUCACCGACGACGAGACAAACCCAUUUCAAGAAACCGUAGAUAUCGGCGGUGACGAUGCGGCGGCGCUACCAUUCUCAUCGGGAACAACAGGGUUACCAAAAGGAGUUGUUUUGACACAUAAGAGCUUAAUCACAAGCGUUGCACAACAAGUAGAUGGAGAUAACCCAAAUCUUUACCUCAAAUCAAACGACGUCCUACUCUGCGUUUUACCACUUUUCCAUAUCUACUCUCUGAAUAGUGUCCUCCUCAAUUCACUCCGAUCCGGCGCGACGGUUCUUUUAAUGCAUAAGUUUGAGAUCGGUGCGUUAUUGGAUCUUAUUCAAAGACAUAGAGUGACAAUAGCGGCGCUUGUACCGCCGCUAGUGAUCGCUCUAGCUAAAAACCCGACUGUUAACUCUUAUGAUCUCUCCUCCGUUAGAUUGGUUCUCUCCGGUGCAGCUCCUUUAGGUAAAGAACUUCAAGAUAGUCUUCGUCGCCGUCUCCCUCAAGCCAUCCUUGGCCAGGGAUAUGGUAUGACGGAAGCAGGACCAGUGUUGUCAAUGAGCCUUGGGUUCGCUAAAGAACCGAUGCCGACAAAAUCAGGUUCAUGUGGGACUGUGGUCCGAAACGCAGAGCUUAAAGUGGUUCACCUUGAGACACGUCUCUCUCUUGGUUACAACCAACCUGGUGAGAUUUGUAUCCGCGGUCAACAAAUCAUGAAAGAGUACUUGAACGACCCAGAAGCCACUUCAGCAACAAUUGACGAAGAAGGUUGGCUUCACACAGGAGACAUUGGGUAUGUUGACGAAGAUGAUGAGAUUUUCAUUGUUGAUCGGCUUAAAGAAGUCCCUCCAGCUGAGCUAGAGAGUUUGCUCAUCAACCACCAUUCAAUUGCGGAUGCUGCUGUUGUUCCGCAAAACGAUGAAGUCGCCGGGGAAGUUCCGGUGGCUUUCGUGGUGCGAUCAAAUGGAAAUGAUAUCACUGAAGAAGAUAUCAAAGAAUAUGUUGCCAAACAGGUGGUGUUCUAUAAGAGAUUGCACAAGGUUUUCUUUGUUGCUUCCAUUCCUAAAUCUCCUUCUGGAAAAAUUCUGAGAAAGGACCUCAAAGCUAAACUUUGUUGAAUGUAAUUUUUUUUCUAAAAUAUAUUUCAUUGAUGAUUUAAACGUUCAUUUGUAUCCACAAUACUCGUGUCUUUUUUUAGAUCCUUUGAUGUAAUAGAUGUUGGACACUAAGAGUGUACUUAAGAAACUGAAUUAUUUUGG